AUGGCUUCACCCCCAAUGGAUGUAGAAGCAUCGAUGUUCUCGGCUGGCGACAUUGUCAGUCAUGACGUGCAACAGGACUCAGAUCUCACUGUCAAGGAGCUUCCGCUUCCUUCUGAUUUUACCUGGGGCGCUGCUACAGCUGCGUACCAGAUUGAAGGAGCCGCCUUUCAAGACGGCAAGGGAGAAUCCAUAUGGGACACUUACGCCCACAAAGAACCAAGCCGUACAAAUAAUGAAAAUGGGGAUGUUGCCUGCGAUCACUACAAUCGGAUGCCGCAAGAUGUCGAGCUCAUGUCGGCCAUAGGCAUCGAGGUUUAUCGCUUCUCGAUCUCAUGGUCGCGCAUCAUCCCAUUAGGGGGGCGUGAAGACCCUCUCAAUGAUCAGGGACUCGCUUUCUAUGGUGACCUAAUCGAUCGGCUCAUCGCCCGUGGGAUCCAACCUGUCGCGACGUUGUUUCAUUGGGACCCUCCACAAUGCCUCUACGACCGCUACGGUGCUAUGUUAGAUACUGUCGAGUUUCGCGCUGAUUUCGAGCAUUACGCCCGCGUAUGCUUUACACAUUUUGGCGACCGGGUAAAAAGAUGGAUUACCUUUAAUGAGCCCUAUAUAACUUCUAUCUUUGGCUAUCUCAACGGCACUCUCGCGCCAGGCCACUGCAAGGAAGUUGGAACUGAUACUACCACUGAGCCCUGGCUCGUGGGCCAUACCCUCAUCAUUUCACAUGCCGCCGUGGUGAAAAUGUAUACAUCAGAGUUUCAAAGCGUACAGCACGGCGAAAUCUCCAUUGUUCUCAACGGUCACUUCUAUGAGCUGUGGGAUGCGUCCAGUCAAUUUGAUCGAGAUGCGGCUGAGAAAAGGAUGAUCUUUUAUAUUGGGUGGUUCGGGGACCCCAUCUUUCAGGGUGCAGACUAUCCACAAGAGAUGCGAGAGUACCUUGGCUCGCGGUUGCCUUUCUUCACCCAAGACGAGAUGGCCUUGCUGCACGAGACUGCAAGUAUGAAUACCUUCUACGGCAUGAAUCACUACUCAACCAAAUAUGCCCGGCAGCUGGAGGGAGUCCCAGCUCCAGACGACUGGACGGGUAAUAUACAGGAGACUUCUGUCAAUAGCGACGGGAACGAAAUAGGCCCUCCGUCGGGCCUUGCUUGGCUCCGGCUGGCUCCCUCAGGCUUCAGGAAGCUACUCAACUGGGUUUAG